GCGGUUCUGAGUGCGCAGACGAAAACGGAAGUCCUCUUCCCGUUAAAAUGGCGGUGGUAUUCUUGUGCGGGCGCAAGGAGUUUCUCCGCCUGCUGCGGCGCCAGCGUCAGUUCCACAGCGUCGCAGCGCCCUCGCAGUUGCCCUGGAAACCGCAGGCGCCUGGGGUCCUGUUCUCAGCCAGCCGGUGCCGCGGGCGCCCACACUAUGCCCUCCUUGCAGCCCCUUGCCCGCGUGGCUUCAGUAUCUCUGCGAUCUCGUUUGCAGAAGCCCAGGUUCAGGCCCCUCCAGUCAUUCCUGCAACUCCCUCACCCACAGCAAUAACUGAAGUGGCUUCUGGCGAGACUGCAGAUGUGGUCCAAGCUGCUGCAGAACAGACCUUCAGUGAACUAGGGCUGGGGUCAUACACCCCAGUAGGAUUGAUCCAGAACCUACUGGAAUUUAUGCAUGUUAACAUGGGCCUACCUUGGUGGGGGGCCAUUGCUGCAUGUACAGUCUUUGCCCGCUGCCUGGUGUUUCCUCUCAUUGUGAAGGGCCAACGAGAGGCAGCCAAAAUCCACAACCACUUGCCAGAGAUCCAGAAGUUUUCCACUCGAGUGAGAGAGGCCAAGUUGGCAGGAGACCAUGCUGAGUUUUACAGGGCCUCCUCAGAGAUGGUAUUGUAUCAGAAAAAGCAUGAUAUUAAACUCUUCAAACCUCUCAUUCUACCUCUGACUCAGGCGCCAAUCUUCAUCUCCUUCUUCAUUGCCUUGAGAGAAAUGGCCAACCUUCCGGUGCCCAGCCUGCAGACAGGUGGCCUCUGGUGGUUCCAGGAUCUCACACUAUCUGACCCCACCUACAUAUUACCACUGGUAGUCACAGCUACAAUGUGGGGUGUCCUUGAGCUAGGUGCUGAGACUGGUGUGCAAAGUGCUGACCUUCAGUGGAUGAGAAAUGUUAUGAGAGUGAUGCCCCUGGCAGUCUUGCCCAUAACAGUGCAUUUUCCCUCGGCGGUGUUCGUGUAUUGGUUCUCCUCAAAUAUGUUUUCCCUGGUCCAGGUGGCUUGCCUCCGGAUUCCAGCUGUACGCACUGCACUUAAAAUCCCCCAGCGUGUUGUGCAUGACUCUAGCAAAUUACCUCCACGAGAAAACUUCUUAAAGAGCUUCAGAAGAGGCUGGAAGAAUGCUGAAAUCACCUAUCAGCUACAAGAGCGUGAACGGCGCAUGCAGAAUCACUUGGAGCUAGCAGCCAGGGGUCCCUUAAGACAGACCUUCACCCACAACCCUUUGCUACAACAUGGGAAAAAUCCCAGUCCCAACACCUCUAACAGCAGCGGCGACAAACCAAAGUCAAAGCAGCCCUGGCGCGACACACUUGGCUGAAUUCUGUUACCUGCUCGUACUGAUGUUAACUCUGCCUCUUCAAAGACUUGGUCUUAGAGCAGGAUUUGACAUCGGGUCCUUGCUCCGGAUUUAGAAACUUUGGGGCAUCGAGAUGUUCAUUUUAAAAGUGGAUUCCACUAUAAACUCUUACAUCCAAGUUAAAGAGUACUGGGGAGCCAAGUGAUCUUCCCAUUCACAGAAUUAGUCAACCUCUGUAUUAUAUGUUGCUUCCUGGUACUUAUUAAACAGAGAGCUAGAUUGUGCA